AUGGAUACGAGUUCACACGGCAAGCCUCUCUCUGAAUCCAAGGAGUGUGUCCUUAAUAAUUCUGAAAAUGACGUUUUUAUCUUGGGAACCGGACCGUUUGUGACCCCUCAGAAGCAUGUAGCAGAUGUGACUCCUAAUCUUUGCACGCCCGAUACCUUUAAGUCACCUUUGGACUUCUCCACAGUAACCGUAGAGCAGCUGGGAAUUACACCUGAAAGCUUUGUUAAGACCUCUUCCGGAAAGUCAUCAUCUUCCCUUCAGAAGGCCAGGCGCCGCUCUACUGUUGGUGUGCGGGGCUCUCCAGAAACCAAUUGCUUGAUCCGCUUCAUUGCCCAGCAGCGAAACCUAAAGAAUGCUGUGCGCUCUCCAUUGGCACGAGAGCCCUACUUAGAGGGUAGCCCAAGACUGAAUCGAAAUGCCAGUGUUUUAAGAGAGCGAAUGUCUGCUUUUCAGUCAGCUUUUCACUCCAUACAGGAAACUGAGAAGAUGACCAGCAGUCCCUCAGCAUCAGAGGCAGACAGAGAAUCUAGGAUAUCAGAUUUGACCAGAAAAGAAGGUCUUCUUGAAUAUCAGCAGUCUGGGUUCCCUGUAACCUCCUCUUCAAAGCGGAGGAGAAUAUCCUCCCAGGACAGCCCUGACAAUUAUCUCAGUGGCACCAAAGCCCUUGCUGACAGAGCGUGUACUGGGCGUGCCUCCACAGAUCUUGCUGAGAAGUCACCUGACAUCGGUUCAGCCCAGCCGGGAUGUAUGACUGCUCCCCAUCCAGAGCUCAAGGAGGCUUCCCAGGGACUUGCAGUGACUGACUGUGUAGAGGGCACAAGAUCAGUUGAUGCUCUUCCACUUGACACACCUGUAACACUCCUGAGCUCUGGGACAGCCACUGCCACCAGGUCUCCAGAGACUCCUGUGUGUGGGAGCAACAGCCCCUCCGCCAAGAUCACUGCCACCAGGACUCCAGCAACUCCUGUGUGCAGGAGCAGCAGCCCCUCCGCCAAGACCACUGCUACCAGGUCUCCAGUGACUCCUGUGUACGGGAGCAGCACCCCCUCCGCCAAGAACUUUGUGCUUCGUUCUGUGUUGAAGAAACCUGGUAAGCUGUUCUCAGAGAAUGGAAAGGAAUUCAACCUCUGUGAUGAUGGGGCUCAUCUGAUCCCAUGUCCUUCAGACUCUUGCAAAGAGGGAAGAGCAGGAAGAGAAAACUGUCAAACACCAGGCUGUCUGAAUCUGAGGAAGAGGAAGAGAGUUACGUUUGGAGAGGACUUAAGCCCUGAAGUGUUUGAUGAGUCUUUACCAGCCAAUACUCCAUUGUGUAAAGGAGGAACUCCUGUUCGCCCAAGGACCAUAAAAACUACCAGUCCCCUGCAGUCCCCUGUUCAUGAGCAGUUCCUUCAGCCAAACUUUGAUGACAAGGAGGAGAACCUCGAAAACAUAGAACCACCUCAGGGAUCAUUUGCAAAUCUGAGUCCUAGUAAAUCCUCACUCUCUGAGACUCCUCCAGACACUAACACUUGCAGUUCUUUAAAUAAAGAUGAAGAAAUAAUCUGCAGUAUUAGACCUACACGGACUUCUCAAAGAAGAAAGCAGACGCUGAGAUCUACAGGAAAGGGUGUUUGCAGCUCAUACACUACACAAGCUGAGCCCCGUAAAGAGGAGAUAAGCAAGAGGAAAUCUCAAGAAAAAAAGCACACAAGCAAAGCACUUCCUAAAAAGAAACAGGUUUUAAAAAGUUGCAGAAAAAAGAAAAAGGGGAAAAAAGGUGUUGAGAAAUGCAUAUAUGUGCAAAGAGACAUUGCAUCGAAGAAGCCACUCCUGAGCCCUAUUCCUGAGCUACCUGAAGUCUCUGAAGCGACACCUCUGGCUGGCUGCACACAGAGGACGAGCUCAGAUGAUUUCAACAUACGUGGUCAGCUGGAAGAAGUGAACUCGUUUGAAAUGCCCACAAAAAGGAAGAGAUGCUUGCCACAGAAGGAAGAUCCGCCUGAGCUGGAUCCAGCUCGUGAUCAGUCUCAUGUCUCUGACGAGAGCUGCUACUCAUUGCCUCUCACUACUGCUUCUGAGGGAGGGCCAAAUGCCAGUACCAGAGACACAGGCAGUGAAGGGAACAUAAGAGUGGAGAGUAAGUGUCAAAGCGCAAAGGAGCCAAAAACCGGGACCAAGAUGAAAAGCGGUCUUGUGCCUUGGGCUUCUGUGACCCAAGAUCACAUCGUGUCCAAGAAUCCAAAACCUCUGGGCAGCCCUCAGAGCCAGGACCUUUUAAAGGCUGGUCAAAAUUUGGAAAAUCCUUGUGAGAUCCUUAUGGUUUCAGAGAGUAUGAAUCUAAAGUGUGAGAAAGAGAGUGAAUGCCUAGCCCCACAGGGCAAUCUGCAGGGCAGCCCUUUCUCUACUGACUCGGAAAGAGACCUUCACUGUUCAGAAGAUGCCCUCAUUAACAACAGAAAAGAAUCCACAAGCCACACUAAGAAUGUGGCAAGGAAAUGUGCAGGAAAUGGCAGCACUGCCGGUGGGAGAGAGAGGAAAAGGAGAAGAUACACUGUGUGUUGUGAGGGUCAGAGUUCAUACCUGGAACAAAAUGGGAAUCCUGCGUCUUCCUGCAGUGGGGAAAACUUUGUAGAAAUUAGUUUAGGAAAUGUCCAGCUGAUUGAAGAGCUGUCUAACACCAUAGAGCAAAGCUUUCAUAGAAGAAGCAGUAAAACCAAAGUGAGACGCAGCACAAGGCUCCAGAAAGACUUGGAAAAUACAGGGCUUGUGUGGCGGUCUCCAAGUCCUUCCACUUUGCAGAAACCCAGAAGGAGAAUGACAAUCUGUACCUUAGACAGCAGGGGAUUUGAACGUGCAUCCUCCAAAGAAGAGAGCAUAUCCUCAGGACAAAAUCCAGGGCUCCUGCCGGCCUUUUCAGGCAGUGAGAGCCAGGGUGUCAUUUCUUCCGAGCUACCUGGGAAGAGCAGCUUUUGUGGGUCUCCCCUCACAGAUGCCAACAGUGCCACUCAGCCACCCUCUCUCAAGGAAGAAAGCUCUCAGCUGCCCUGA